AUCAUUGAGAAACAUUGAGCGUCAGUACAUUGCCAGCACUACUUCCGGUCUUCCCCAUUUAUCUUUUCCUUUCCCUUCUAUCUGGUUCCUGCAGAUUCAAGAUCUAGAGUUUUGCUCUGCUCCAAGCAACACCAUGGCCUCCCAACCGAUGGUGCAUAUGAGUCAUGGACAAGGGGAAACUAGCUAUGCUCGCAACUCCAGUUUUCAGAAGGCUGAGCAGAACAGGAUGAAGUCCCUCAUAGAAGAUGUUAUCGCGGACUUAUGCGGCAGCAGCAGUACCAUCUUCCCUGGAAAGCUAGUAAUUGCAGACUUGGGAUGCUCAUCCGGCCCAAAUGCGCUAGCACUGGUAUCAACUGCCGUAAAUGCCAUACACAGCCAAUGCCUUCAGUUACAGCAGCCACCACCGGAAGUAUGCGUGCUACUCAACGACCUGCCUGACAAUGACUUCAACACGGUGGUGAAGAGCUUGGUCACGCUCCGUAAAAGUAAAAAUCCUGUUGUCCUGACCGGUGUUAUACCGGGUUCGUUUUACGAGCGGCUCUUUACUAGUGACUCCCUGCAUCUUGUAUGCGCAUCCAACAGCUUGCAAUGGCUCUCAAAGGCUCCGGAAGAUCUAACGAGAAACCACAUCCCAGCGUUCGACAUUGAUGAACAUGUUAGGCGUGAAAGGCUCCCAAUGGUCCGUGAGGCUUAUGCACAUCAGUUCAGGAAAGACUUCACACUUUUCCUGAAGCUGAGAGCCAAAGAAUUGGUCUCGGGAGGCCGAAUGGUUAUUUCCCUGGUAGGGACGCGUUCUGAUGUAAUUGCCUCCAAAUUCUUCCUAUUCCCAGGAAUUGUAGCUCAGAUUCUAACUGUCAUGGUUGCUGAGGGGAUGAUCGACAAAGCAAAGUUUGAUUCAUUCUAUGUGCCGGUGCAUGGACCUUCCAGCGAGGAGGUGCGGGAGAUCAUUGAAGUAGAGGGCUCAUUUUUGAUCAAGGAGAUGCGGGUGCACAACCCUACGACUGAGAUGAACACUGCUUUGAGCACCCCGAGAAAGUUCGUGAAUAAUCUGAGAGCUUUGUUUGAGCCGAUAAUUGUCCAGCAUUUUGGAGAGAUUAUGGACGAAUUUGUGAGGACUGCGGAGCUGCACUGGAACUUGGAUCUGGAUGGGACCUUGCAAGAGGAGCGGGCCAGAACCUCUCGAGCUAUGCUGGUUGUAUCCCUCGCAAAGGCGUCAUGAUAAGGUAAAGGUGCCAUGCACCACAUUUCAUGGAGAGCGUAGUGUUGCUUACUUUCAAAUAAAAUGUGUCACCACUUAAUUGGGUGAAGUAUGUCAUGUAGACUGUAUUAGUGAUGUGCCAUGACGGUAUUCAUGGACAAAUAAGCAAAAUGUUACAAAGUUUGAAUUCAGACAAAUCUUAUGUGCGGAGUAAAAAGGACCGGAGAGAGUAUGUGAUGUA